GGGAGUGGGUGGUGGUAAGAAAUCCCCAGGAGUGGGUAAGAAGUAUAUCAGAAACCAACACAGCUAAACUGAGGAACAAGGGACUCCUAGCACAUUUUCAUGUAAGCAGCUUUCUUACCUGCUCUAAAGUAUCUCUGCUACUAAUUGUACAGUUAAGACCAGGGAACAUGGCCUCAGAGAUCCGCAUGCCAGCCCCAGUGUGCCUCAUUGAGAACACUGAAGGGCAACUGGUGGUUAAUCAGGAAGCUUUGGAGAUCCUGUCAGCCACCAAGAAUCCUCUCGUGGUGGUGGCUAUCGUGGGCCUCUACCGCACAGGCAAAUCCUACCUGAUGAACAAGCUGGCUGGGAAGAACAAGGGCUUCUCUAUUGGAUCUACAGUGCAGUCUCACACCAAAGGAAUCUGGAUGUGGUGUAUGCCUCAUCCCAAGAAGCCAGACCACACCCUAGUUCUUCUGGACACAGAGGGUCUAGGAGAUGUAGAGAAGGGUGACAAGAAGAAUGAUACCCAGAUAUUUGCACUGGCAAUACUACUGAGUAGUACCUUUGUAUACAAUACUAUGAACAAAAUUGACCAGAGGGCUAUGGACUUGUUGCACUAUGUGACAGAACUGUCAAAUCUGCUCUGGACAGUAUCCUCACCUGAUCUUGAUGGGGUUGAAGAUACAACUAACUUUGCUAACUUCUACCCAGACUUAGUGUGGACUCUGAGAGAUUUCUACCUAGACCUAGAAAUAGACGGGCAACUUAUCACAGCAGAUGAAUACCUGGAGAAAUCACUGAAGCUAAAGGAAGGCACUGAUAAAAGCCUUCAAAAUUUCAAUUUGCCCCGUCUAUGUAUAAAAGAAUUCUUUCCAAUAAGGAAAUGCUUUAUCUUCGACUCUCCUGCUCACUGGAAGAAGUUUGCCCAGCUUGAGACACUGCGUAAUGAUGAGCUGGAUCCUGAUUUUGUGCAACAAGUGGCAGCAUUCUGUUCCUACAUCUUCAACCGUUCCAAGACUAAGACUCUUUCAGGAGGCAUCAAGGUCAAUGGACCCCAUCUGAAGAGCCUAGUGCAGACCUGUGUUAAUGCCAUCAGCCGUGGGGAUCUGCCCUGCAUGGAGAACUCAGUUGUGGCCUUGGCCCAGAUCAAGAACUCAGCAGCAGUGAAAAAGGCCAUUGUCCACUAUGACCAGCAGAUGGACCAGAAGGUGCAGCUGCCCACAGAAACUCUCUCUGAGCUCCUGGACCUGCACGGGGCCUGUGAAAGGGAGGCCAUAGAAAUCUUCAUGAAGAACUCUUUCAAGGAUGUGAACCAAAAGUUCCAGAAGCAAUUAGAGACUCUGCUAGAAGCCAGAAAGGAUGACUUUUGUAACCAGAACAUGGAGGCAUCAUCGAACCGUUGCUCAGCUUUACUUCAGGCUAUAUUUGGUCCUCUAGAAAAUGAGGUGACGCAGGGGAUUUAUUCAAAGCCAGGAGGACAUUUUCUCUUCAUUCAGAAGACAGAAGAGCUGAAAGCAAGGUACUAUCAGCAGCCCAGGAAAGGAAUGCAGGCUGAGAAAGCUCUGCAGAAAUAUUUGCAGUCCAAACAGUCUACAAGUGAUACCAUCCUACAGACAGACCUGGCUCUCACAGUGAGGCAAAAGGUGAUAGAAGAGGCACGUGUGAAAGCAGAGGCUGCAAGGAUUGAAGCACAAAGGUUGGAGGCAAUUCAAAGGUAUAACCAGCAAGUGAUGGAGCAAAGGCAGCGACUCCAUCUGGAACAAGUGAGACAAAUGGAAAUGUUCCAAGAGUACCAGUUAAGACAACAGCAGAGGGUCCUGCAACUUCGAUUCCAGGAACAGACCGUAAAUCUCAAUAGGGAAAUCGAAGAUGAACGCAGAAGACUUCACAACGAAAUCCAGGAUCUCCAGAGGAAUAUUGUCUCACAAGAUGAUACAUGCAUCUUACUUUAAAGAGCUAAACAUCAGAACUUUCCUCAUUCACUUUCACUAAAGAGAAAAAAGAAUGAGAAACUAUAGAACUUGGGACAAUCACCACUUAAAUAAACUUCAUAAUUAUUGUAUCAAACUUUUGUACAGUUAUAUAGCUGCAAGGCUUGUAAUUAGUAAAAUGUACAUUUCAAUAAUUCCAUAGUUUAGUUGAUUAUCGCUUCCUUAAAGAGACUGUGAAUUGUGUAAUAAGGGAAUUUUAUCAAUGUCUCUAUUUGGGGUGAUAUUGGGUUGGUUCCAUCAGGGAAAACUUUGUCUUAUAACUCAAAUUCUUCCCUCCAAUUUUCCAUUUUUGCAUUGGGGGGAUUAGAAGUGGCCUAAGGGGUGUUAUUCACAAUGAGCUAAGUCAAGUAGAAUUUGGCCAAAGUCAUGGGCUGAGUUGAGUAUCACCCCUGCCAAGUGGUCUUAUGCUGGAUGUCAUCAGAGGGAGGCACCAAUGGUGAGGACAACUAACCUCGCUUCUUAGGGAAAUAAUGUAUGGUUCUCAAGUGCGUGUAGGCUCUAGGGGCAAUGAUGUGAAUCCUAGGUACAGUUAGUAAACAGUCUGCUUAGAUUUUAAGCUGAAAAAAAAUCCCACAUGGUAAUAAAAUAGGGGUACUCCAGAAGAUGGAAAGAACUACCAGCAUAGAAACUAUGCCAUAAGCUGGGGGCUAAAUAAGACUUUUCUUUGUUCCUCCUCACAAAGGGCAUAACUUACAUGGGACAGUUUAUAUCAUGAGGCAAUUUAUAUUAGACUUAAUGACUGUGUGUCACAUGUUUAUAAUCCUUUAAGGCCUAUAAAUAAAAGGUAUAUGGAAUGCUAGAUAAGGCGUCAAAAAAUCUGAUGGGGAUCAUUUAAUUUUAUCCUUACCUUAGUGCUUAAGUUAAAUCAUCAUAAUUUUUUGCAAUAACAUAUAAAAGCCUACUGAUUUUUCUCUAAAAUUAUGGAUUGUGUAAACAUAUUUGUUCGUAUAUAUUUUUAACUGUAAAUAAUGAUUAAAUUUUUCAAAAACGUAA